AUGGUUAACAAGCCCAAGCGAUGCACGAACAAAGCCGCUGAGAGUGCGUCUGCACGUCUCUGUGCGGACGCCAAAGCAGAAACCACAGCAACUGAUGUCUCAUCGGUUGCUGAAGCGACUCAGCCUGUGUCACCUGGUGAUGCAGACGCUCGUAAUGAAGACACUCAUGUCUUCACAGAGUACGAACUCGGUGUCUCAUACUCUCCUGAUACAGAAGACGGAUCUGUAUCGAAGGCGGUAGAAACCAAGCCGCCUGCCAAGCGUGGCAUGGAUGAUGCUACGCGCCGUAGCAUAUUGGUUUGUCUGACGAAUCAGAUGAUCCAUUGCCAAAGCGUAGGCGCUCGAGAUCGCAAGACUCGGGCGCUCACAGUGGUGUCGGUUCUCCUAUUGACACCACUUCGCAACGAGAAGGCAUGGCUGCCCCCAUAA